AUGGUCAUAUCUUUUUCUCAAGCCAUCCAUUUAGGUUGAGUCAUAUCUUUACUUCACCAAAAGAUCAACACCCUUUUUUUCCCCUUAUUUUUUCCCUCUGACAUCUUCUUCGAUCACCAGUAGUCAGCUAUAGCUUAUUAUUAUUAUUAUUAAAACUUUCCCCUUGAGUAGUUUUUGAAGGAGUACUAGAGCUUAUUAGGUUGGUAGCUAGUAGUAGUGCAUUUUAUUAUAUAAUGGCUUCAAACUCACUGACCUCAUCACGUAGCUCCAGCUCUUCAUGGACACCUAUGCAAAACAAGCAGUUCGAAAGGGCCUUAGCCUUGUACGACAAGGACACCCCAGACCGCUGGCUGAAGGUGGCUAGAGCCGUUGGUGGAAAAUCUCCUGAAGAAGUGAAACGCCACUAUGAGAUCCUUGAAGAGGAUAUUAGGCACAUUGAAUCUGGCAAAAUCCCAUUCCCGAACUACAGGUCUUCUGGAAAAAGUGGCUAAUCACCCCAUUUGAUAUUCAUCCAAGACCAUAUGUAGAAAAGGUUCUUCUUCAAGUACGUAUCUAUAUAUAUAUAGUUUGAUGGCAAUGGAAGUAAGCUGUAGAAAGUUGUGUGUGUAGGAAGUGAAUGAAGAAAUUAGUCUGGUCUUCACUCAACUAAGAUUCUCGAUCAUGUUUUUUUCUUUCUUUCUCUUAUCGUUUUAUUAUAUUCCUAUCGAGGUUGUUGUCUCGUCUAAUCUUACUGUGCAACUAAAUCAAGGUCGUCAUUCAAUGUAUGAACUGUUUAGUAUUAUUGUUAUUAUAUAAUAAUAAUAUUAUUAUUAAAUAA